ACCAAGGCGAUCACGUGACACGUCUGGCAGCAGAGGCGCGAAGCGGCGGAGCGCUUUUCUUUAGGUCGGCACAGGCCACGCUACCAGAGACUCUCGUUGGUUUGCAGGGUUGCUCACUGGAGGACUGGGGCGGCACAGCUUCUACGGUGCGGGUUCAGCGUGCGCCGCUGCCGCCAAGCCCCAGCUGCUCGUUUCGCAGCGGAGAGCCGCGCCAGCGCCCUGCAAUGAACAGAUUUGACUUGUUGUCUCCACCAUGCUACCGUCUGUCUCCAAAUGUGUGCAAGAACUUCUGCUGACAUUUGCCUUCUGUUUGGCCCCUACUUGGGCAGAUGACCUUCCAGUGUUUCCUUACCAUGACUAUUGCAUCAUUGGGGCUGGUCCCUCAGGGUUGCAAAUGGCCUAUUUCCUCCAACAUGCAGGCCGGGACUACAUGAUCUUUGAACGUAGCCACAUGCCAGGACAUUUCUUUGCCUUGUAUCCACGCCAUCGCAAGCUUAUCAGCAUCAACAAGUGCUAUACAAGCAAAGCCAACCGUGAGUUCAACCUUCGUCAUGACUGGAACUCGCUAAUCAGCCAUGAUAGUAGGCUUCUUUUCCGACACUAUUCCCCUGACUACUUUCCUGAUGCAGAUGCCAUGGUGUCUUACCUGAAGGACUUUGCUUCCCUGCUAGACCUCCAGGUACGCUACAACACAUCAAUUACUCACGUGAUCCUGGAAAAGGACACAAAGGCAUGGAAUGGCCACUACUUUAUCCUUACUGACCAGAAUGCUCAGCUCUAUAAAUGCAGUGUUCUGUUGGUGGCCACAGGGACAUGGGUUCCUAACAAAGUAAACUUUCCCGGUUCAGAAUAUGUCGAGGGCUAUGAGUCGGUAUCUAUUGACCCAAGGGACUUCAUUGGCCAGUCAGUAUUGAUCCUGGGCCGAGGCAACUCUGCCUUUGAAACAGCUGAGAACAUUUUGGGAGUCACCAAUUUCAUACACAUGGUGAGCCGCUCUCGGGUUCGCCUCUCUUGGGCUACCCACUAUGUUGGAGAUCUGAGAGCUAUUAACAAUGGGCUUUUGGACACAUAUCAGCUGAAAUCUCUGGACGGCCUGUUGGAAGGUGACUUGGAAGACCUGGUUCUUGUCAAGGAUAAAAAAGGGAAGCUGCAUAUCACCCUUCGGUUUUACCUGGAGAACGGCAACAGCAGUGAAGAGUCGGUUACCCUCCCGCAGGAUGAACUGGACAACUUUGCCACUCGAGCACCCUACGACCGUGCCAUUCGCUGCCUGGGUUGGCAGUUUGACUUCUCCAUAUUUAACAAGUCCGUUGGGCUGAUGCGUGCCAAAGGCAAUAAGAAAAAAUAUCCUUUAAUCAAGCCCAGCUAUGAGGCCAAAGCGACACGAGGUCUCUUUGUAUUGGGCACUGCAAGCCACUCGGUUGACUUCCGCAAAGCUGCUGGAGGUUUUAUUCACGGGUUCCGAUAUACAGCUCGUGUUGUUCACCGUUUAUUAGAAGUGCGCCACCAUAGCGUCCCAUGGCCGUCCACCACCUACCCCGUUACUCAGCUAACCAACGCCAUUGUCAGGCGGGUGAAUGAGGCAUCCGGGCUCUAUCAGAUGUUCACAGUGCUGGCAGAUGUGAUUCUGCUGAAAGAGAAUGCCACUAAAUUUGAGUACCUGGAGGAGUUUCCAGUCGGAGUGCUGCAAGACCUGGAAUGGCGCACAGGGUGGAAAGUUCAGAAUGGGCUUUUUGUCGUCAUGAUGGAGUAUGGGAGGAACUUCUCCGGGCCUGACAAGGACGUGUUCUAUUAUAAUCGGGCAGUGGGUGAGGCACAGCAUGCUUGGCAGUCCAAUUUCCUGCACCCAGUCAUAUAUUACUACAAACGACUUCCGACUGAGCGUGAAAUGAGGCUUUGUCCGCCUGACUGGCCCCUGCCCCGCCCAGACGCCAUCCAUCACAUUGUGGAGGACUUCCUGACUGACUGGACUGCCCAGAAUGCCCACAUCCUCCCUCUGAGACGCUUCUUGGAGAACUGCCUUGGAAUCGACUUGCGCAGGUUCUAUGCAGAGUCCUGUUUCCUCUUUGCGCUGACUCGCCAGAAGUUGCCUGUCUUCUGUGAGCAGGGAUACAUGAGACAACAAGGGCUGAUGGGCAAUGAGAGGCUUAGACAGCAUGCAGUAGAAGCCGGACUGCUGGAGGACUAUGCUGCUGUGGACUCUGUAACAGAGCUGGAAUUGGGCAGUGCACAGUUGCAUGGCCACCUGUUGGAGGAUCGCGUGAUACCAAACCAUCAACUGCAGAAUCUCAUGAGCACCAAGGAUGAACUUUAGCAUUCCUUUGAUCAAAAUCUACAAAGAACUCUGGUCUUGGUGCUAUGCCUAAGAUCUGAUGAGGAGAUCUAAGUUCCAGCGUGCACAGAUAGGUCCUUAACUCAUCUUUCGUGGGGACUGCGACUUGCCAAAGAUUUGCACUGGUCCUUUCACAGUGAUGAAGGACAACGUGUUUUACGGGAUCAACAAGAGCAGUCACUGGGUAGCACCGAGGCAUUCCUUUGCUCACAUUCGCUGCCUGCCGAUGGUGUUGCAUUUCUGUUGCAUGAACCAGUCUCUGGUUUAUCACACAAGGCAGGAAAAGUCAUACUUGCAUGACUUGCCAGGGAGUAUUAUUCUUGAUUGCAUGUUUUGUGGUUAUCUGCAAGGGAUGCUGUUUAUGGAUGCUGUCUGUGUCGUGUUCUUGCAUAUACUUGCAAAUUGGUAUGUGCAUGAAUGUAUAAGCAACGUGGUGGAAGUAGCUGGGUGACAGGUGAAAAUGCUGGGAACUUCCCAAAGCAGGGAAAUGUGAACUGCUGCCUCCAUGAGGAACCAGUGACCCUGGAUCCCUCCUGUGCCGUGUGGCUCAAUUGCACCCACCUCCUUAGGCAUUAGUUUGUCCAAUGAAAGUGGUUUUCCCACAUGCCAGGUAGUCCUUCUCAGGAGGCCCCGAUAUCCUUACAAAGUAUUUAUCCUGUUUGCACUGUCCCCCUUUUGGAAAGCGUCCUUAAUUUUGUUGAGUCAAAAUUUAAUCCUUUUUCUUAUUGCAAUUGUAUUUUUUAAAACAUCCCUGUUUUGUAGAUGAGAAAGGAAGAUAUCUGCACUUUAUUGCACACCUUUCUCACAUUUCCUGCAAGUCAGGAGAAGACUGGAAGGAGUUCAAGUACUUGUCUCUGAUCUUCCUAUCAGGCUAUAAGAGGUGGAAGAAAGGGCCUUCAAAUCCUCUGUAAUCUCUGCACUUGUGCUUCCUUGCUGACACCUUUCCAGCAGCUGAUGCCCUAAUGCCAUCUUAGCUCUCUUGCUCAUCUGUAAACGUCUAAUCCUUCAAUCUCACCUGCCACUUACUCUUGAAAGAGAAGCUGAGAAGAAUCUCUUGGGUUAAUAGUCCACUAGCAAAAGGGCUGCUGCAAGUCGGAAUUUCUCUGGGUUGACAGGUUUAGACAGUCUCUAUGACCCUGUGAGAGUUUGGAGACCACCUGAUUUGCGUACAGAAGAUCCCAGACCCCAGCAUCACUAAAUAAAACCUCUCAAGGCCUUGGAGAGCUACUGCCAGUCGGAGUAGACAAUGCUGGUAAACAGAACAAGGCUCUAAUGGUAAAUGGGAACUUCAUGUGUUUGUUGAAGUUGGGGUUUGUGUGAACCCACAAAAACAGAAUCCUCAGAAGGCGCCUGCCACUAAUACUUGGCUGUGUCUUUGACAUUUGUGGGCUGCCUUGGUCAAAAGUUCAAAGACCUUAAAGACCUCUUAAGCAGUGAGAUUUGAAUUGCUUGCCUAGAGUAGUCUUUCUGCUGAUGAUCUCUCUUCUUCUGCCCCCCCAUAAUUACCCCAAAGAACCUAGUGCUAUGAAUUGAUGAUGUGUUGCCUUUAAUGAUUUUCUUGAACACAAAGAUUUUUUGAAAGACUUUGUCCUGUUCCUGCCCUGUGUCUAUGUUGCUGCUUCUCCUCAGAUGGAAGCCCAGCUGCCUGCCCAGCCUGGAUACAGCAUUCCAUUGCUUUUUCUUAGUGCCUGUCACAUUCAGAUAUUUGCAAGGAGUGUCAUGCCUCCAUUCAAGAUUUUAUUUGAUUAAGAAAUAUGAUAGACUGUAUGCCCAGCACUAAUCUGUUUUUCAUGGAAAAAACAGGGAAUAAAUAUUUGUGAGUUA